CCGGUUUAAAACAAGCGGAGCAGGGCCGUCGACGGUCGCAGUCCCCGGGAGCGCAGGCGGCGGCCGAGGGCCUCGCCCGGGACCACCGGCAUGGCCUUAGCCGACAGUGCCCGGGGGCUCCCGAACGGCGGGAGCGGCGGCGGUGCCCGGAGCGGCGUCGCUCGAGCCCCAACGGCCUCUGAGCUGACCUCGUCCCCGUCGUCGGAGUCCAUCCCGGAGAUCGUGGAGCUGAACGUGGGCGGGCAGGUGUACGUGACCCGCCGAGGGACGGUGCUGUCGGUGCGCGGCUCGCUUCUGUGGCUCUUCUCCCAGCAGGAGCCGGCCGCCGACCUGCCCCGCGACGCCAAAGGCCGCUUCUUUCUCGAUCGCGACGGCUUCCUCUUCCGCUACGUCCUGGACUACCUGCGCGACCAGGAGCUGGUGCUGCCCGAGGGCUUCCCGGAGCGCAACCGCCUGCGCCGCGAGGCUGAAUACUUCCAGCUGCCCGAGCUGGUGCGCCGUCUGGCCGCCUCGGGUUCCUCCCCGGGCCCGCCGCGCUUCUCCGGGCUGCUGCGCGACUCUUCGGUCUGCGCCGAGGAGCCGCCGUCGGGGCUGGGCUACUUAGAAGCGGACUUCACCGAGACGCCGGCCUCGGCCGCCUCGCCGACUUCAGGCCGCAGCCCGUCGGGGCCUCCGCCGAUGCUGGCGACCUCGCUCUCCCUGGACGCCGGCGGGGGCGUCGCGGGCGGACGCCGCUCGGGCUACAUCACCAUCGGCUACCGGGGCUCCUACACCAUCGGUCGGGACGCGCAAGCCGAUGCCAAGUUCCGACGGGUGGCGCGCAUCACGGUCUGCGGCAAGACGGCGCUGGCCAAAGAAGUCUUCGGCGAGACGUUGAACGAGAGCCGCGACCCAGACCGGCCCCCCGAGCGUUACACGGCCCGCUACUACCUCAAGUUCAACUUCUUGGAGCAGGCCUUCGACCGGCUGAGCGAAGCCGGCUUCCGCAUGGCCGCCUGCUCCUCCACGGGCACCUGCGCCUUCGGGCCCGAGCAAGGCGGCCCCGCCGAAGACAAGAUCUGGACCAGCUACACCGAGUACGUCUUCUGCCGCGAGUGAGCGCGCCCGAGGCCCGUCCCCGGGGCUGGGUGCGGGAGAAGGCGGCCGUCUGCGGGGCUGUUGCGGCAGACAGAUUCGGGUCCUCGCCGGAGAACCCCCGCUUUGCCCUAGCCGAGCCUCCCACGGGCCGGUUCUCCUAUUGCCCUGCCCGCGGGCCGUCGGCGCUGCUCUCCCCGUCUAGCAAAGCGGACCAGCUGCGAACCUCCAUCAGCCCAGCCC